UGAACUUUUAUUCCUUCCCAGUGCCACAGUGUCCCCACCCUCUCUCUCUCUGUGUGUGGCUGUCUUCCCUCCCUCUACGCGCGUGUGUGUCUGUCUGUCUCUCCCUCCGUGUGUGUCUGUCUGUCUGUCUCUCUUCCCCCUCACAGUGUGUGUGUGUCUCUGUCUCCCCCUCCCUCUGUGUGUGUGUGUGUGUCUCACCCCUCCCUGUGUGUGUCUCUGUCUCCCCCUCCCUGUGUGUCUCUGUCUCCCCCUCCCUGUGUGUGUCUCUGUCUCCCCCUCCCUGUGUGUGUCUCUGUCUCCCCCUCCCUGUGUGUGUGUCUCUGUCUCCCCCUCCCUGUGUGUCUCUCUCUCUCACACCCCGUGUGUGUGUGUGUGUGUGGGGAGGAGGGGGCCCCCCCGCUCCUGUGGGAUCCUCCUGUGCAGAUGUACAGCGGGCUGGGUCUGGAGCUGGAGCAGGAGGAGCUGGAGCUGAAGGUGCCCGCCGCCCUGGGGCCGCCGGGCAGCGCCAAGCUGGAGCUGGAGAAGGUGAAGCGGCCGAUGAACGCCUUCAUGGUGUGGUCCCGGGGCCAGAGGCGGAAGAUGGCCCAGGACCACCCCAAGAUGCACAACUCGGAGAUCAGCAAGAGGCUGGGCGCCGAGUGGAAGCUGCUCAGCGACGCCGACAAGCGCCCGUUCAUCGACGAGGCCAAGAGGCUGCGGGCCGUGCACAUGAAGGACUACCCGGACUACAAGUACCGCCCGCGGAGGAAGAGCAAGGCGCUGCCCAGGAAGGACGCCGGCUUCACGCUGGGGGCGGCCGGCGGAGCGCUACUGGCGCCAGGACCCAGCGGAAGCCCCUACCCCUGGGGGGCGGGGCCGGCGGCGUUCCUGACCCCUGACCCGCUGCCGCCCGCAUGCGCAGCACGCGGGGCCUACCCGGCGGCCGACGCCUCCUUGGCGCAGGCGCAAGGCUCCCCUCAGGCGGCGGCGGCCGUCGUCUCCUGUCAGGCCCCGUACCCGCCGCUGCAGCCCCGCUACGACCUGCCGUACGCCGCCGCCGCCGCCUCAUCAUCGCCAUCAUCGUCAUCGUCAACAUCGUCCACCCAGGCUUACCUGAACGGCUCGUCGCCCGUCUACAGCCUCGCCCCGCCGCCUUCUGCCUACGGCCGCCAUCUUCACCAACCGCCGCCGCCGCCGUCCGCCAUGUCCAAGCCGGCCGCCGGCACUGGCAGUGCGCAGGCGCGGGGGGCCCUGCCAGGGGAACUUCGGGACAUGCUCAGUCUGUACAUCCCCAGCGACGGCAGCCAGGAGGCGCUGCUGAGCCACAGGAGCUAUCACCCCAUCCCUCAGCACUACCAGAACAUCCCAUUGAAUGGCACAGUGCCCCUCACUCACAUCUAAACACAGGGGGGCGGGGGGGGGCAAAACAGAAUGGCACAGUGCCCCUCACUCAUCUAAACACUGGGGGGGGCAAAACAGAAUGGCACAGU